UGUCGUUCGUCAGGCGCAUCGCAUUGGGGGUAAAUUUUAGUUCCGUUCGCUACAGUUCCGGUGGUAGUUCAGAAACAAAAACAAACAAAAAGUGACGCCGUGUUUCUUAUUGUAUUUACGUAGUGCGUGUAACUGUGACUGUGACUGUUGUUUUGUUUUGUAUAAUUGUUGUAAUUAGCCCAGCCUAGAUGAGGGUCAACUAAAGCUGAAUACUAAAUAAUUGCGCUUGAAAUAUGCAACAGGCUGCCCAAAUCGACAGCAACAACAACAACAAAACAUACACAAGUGUAGAAAGUUUUUAUUGUUAUAUUAUUUAAGCAAACAACAGCCAAAAAGUGAAAUAACGACGCUUCAUCAAAAAGAGAUAACGAAAUUCGACUCUGUGUGUGUGUGUGCAUAACAUAUUAAAUUGGCAAUAAUAUAACAGCUUUUGGUAAAAUAAUCAGAUAUAUAUAUAUAUAUAAAAUGUCUGGUCCACUGCCUGAAAUCAGCGCCGAGCAGCGCAAAACAUUGGAACAGUUCCGCAAGCUGAUGAGCCCCGAGCUGAACGAGACGCAUGAUGACUAUUUUCUACUACGCUGGCUGCGAGCGCGCAAAUGGAAUGUGGAUGCAGCAGAGAAAAUGCUUAAAGCGUCCCUCAAAACACGCGCCAUGUGGAAUGUGGACAACAUAGAAAAAUGGGAAGCUCCGCAGGCGCUGCGUGAAUAUCUGCCCUAUGGCAUCAUGGGCUAUGACAAGGAGGGAUCUCCAGUGAUCGUUUGUCCGUUCUACAACUUUGACAUUUAUGGCAUGAUGCACUGCGUGACUCGCUUUGAGUUCCAAAAGUAUUUGGUGCUGCUGCUGGAGCGCUUCAUGAAGCUCGCUUACGAGCAGAGCCUGAAGCAUGGCUGGAAGGCACGUCAGCUGGUCGUCUUCCUGGACUGCGAAUCAAUGAACCUGAAGCAGUAUGCCUGGCGGCCAGCAGCCGAGUGCGUCAUCUCGUCGGUGAAGCAGUACGAGGCCAACUUCCCAGAGCUGCUCAAAAUGUGCUACAUCAUCAAUGCGCCAAAGCUCUUCUCGGUGGCCUUUAAUAUAGUUAAGAAGUUCCUGGAUGAGAAUACCACCAGCAAGAUUCACAUCUACAAGUCCGGCGUGGACAAGUGGCAGGAGUCGCUGUUCUCACUCGUUGAACCCAAGAACUUCCCCAAGGGCUGGGGCGGUCAGCUGGUGGACAAACUGGGGGACCCGCAGUGCAAGUCGUUGAUGGUGUGGGGUGGCAAGCUGCCGGAGGAGCUGUUCGUAGAUCAGAACAGCCAGCAGAGCGACAAGAGCUUCACGGAAACCCAAGUGCCAAAGGGAGACAAGCUCAAGCUGAACUUUACGGUGAAGGCGCAGCAGGAGGAGCAGCUGCUCUCGUGGAACUUCCGCACCUUCGACUAUGACAUCAAGUUUGGAAUUUUCAGCGUGGACGAGAAGACAGGCGAAAAGCGCAGCGAAGUGCCGCUGGGCACCGUCUACUCCAACGAAAUGGACGAGGCGGGCUUCAUCUCCACAAGACCCAAUACCACAUACACCGUUGUCUUUGACAACUCGGCCAGCUAUUUGCGCAGCAAACGUCUGCGCUACUGGGUCGAUCUCAUCUCAGAGGAGGAGGAGGGCAUCGCCGAGCUGACCGAGAUGGACAACACGCAAAUCGUGGCGCAGCAGUGAAUUGCAACAGCUGGAAGCAUCGGUACCGCAGCAGCAUUCAAGCCAAAAAAAAA